AUGAGUAAUGCAUUGAAAAAUAUUUCAGGCCAGUAUGUCGAUUUAGCCUUGCUGCUCGAGGCUCAGCCGAGUGCGUCUGCUAGUAUGUAUGGGUGCAGGGUCCUCAAUAUUGAGAAAGCUGGCACCAGAGGCAAACCAGGAACCAGUACAGAUACCAGAUCGUUUUCGUUCAAUGAUGUUCAAUCUGAAGCUGAAAGAUUGUUAAACGCUUCGUUUGCGGAUAACACUUCAUUGAUUGCAGCAGCUUAUUGUCUUGCAUUUUUUGCCUUCCUUAGAGUGAGUGAAUUGGCUGUAUCAAACAAAGACUCAGCUGCAAACGUAAUUUCAAUAUCUGAUUUACUGGUAGAUAGUAGUGAAGGUUAUAUCAUAGUUACUAUUCGGUAUUCUAAAACAGAUCAGUAUGGAAGAGGUUCGGUUUUAAAGAUAAAGCGGUCUAAUUCUGCUAUCUGUGUUGUUAGUAAUAUGUUAGAGUUCUUGAAAAGGCGCCCACAAGUAGACGGGCCAUUAUUUUGUCACUUGAAUGGUAAACCUUUAACACGAUACCAGUUCACUUCUGUUUUGAAGAAAUGUUUGAACAAUUUAAGGCUUGAUUAUGGGAAGUUUACAUCACAUUCUUUUAGAAUAGGGGCGGCAACGGCUGCAGCUAUGUUAGGUUACGAUGUUGAAACAAUUAAGCGUGCUGGGCGUUGGCGUUCCGAGGCUUAUCGAGUUUAUCUUAAAAAAGAGGAUGUUCACACAUUGCCCUGUUUGGCAUCGUAG